AUGGAUUACCACCUGCUUGGACUAAUUCUGUCUUUUCUCUUCAAUGGCACAAAGGUCUUAGCCGGUUACCCAAUUUGGUGGUCCCUCGCCCUGGGCCAGCAGUACAGCUCCCUGGGGUCCCAGCCCAUCCUCUGCGGCUCCAUCCCUGGCCUGGUCCCGAAGCAGCUCCGCUUCUGCCGCAACUACAUCGAGAUCAUGCCCAGCGUGGCCGAGGGGGUGAAGUUGGGCAUCCAGGAGUGCCAGCACCAGUUCCGGGGCCGCCGCUGGAACUGCACCACCAUCGACGACAGCCUGGCCAUCUUCGGGCCCGUCCUGGACAAAGCCACACGAGAAUCUGCCUUCGUCCACGCCAUCGCCUCGGCCGGGGUGGCCUUCGCUGUCACCCGCUCCUGCGCCGAGGGCACCUCCACCAUCUGUGGCUGUGACUCCCACCACAAGGGGCCCCCGGGGGACGGCUGGAAGUGGGGGGGAUGCAGCGAGGACGCCGACUUCGGCGUGCUGGUGUCCCGGGAGUUCGCAGACGCGCGGGAGAACCGGCCGGACGCGCGCUCGGCCAUGAACAGGCACAACAACGAGGCCGGCCGGACGACCAUCCUGGACCACAUGCACCUCAAGUGCAAGUGCCACGGGCUCUCGGGGAGCUGCGAGGUCAAGACCUGCUGGUGGGCCCAGCCCGAUUUCCGGGCCAUCGGGGACUACCUGAAGGAUAAAUAUGACAGCGCCUCGGAGAUGGUGGUGGAGAAGCACCGCGAGUCCCGGGGCUGGGUAGAAACUCUCAGGGCCAAGUACGCGCUUUUCAAGCCGCCGACGGAGCGGGACCUGGUCUACUACGAGAACUCCCCCAAUUUCUGUGAGCCCAACCCGGAGACGGGCUCCUUUGGGACGAGGGACAGAACGUGCAACGUCACCUCCCACGGCAUCGACGGCUGCGACCUCCUGUGCUGCGGGCGGGGCCACAACACCCGGACUGAGAAGCGCAAGGAGAAGUGUCACUGCAUCUUCCACUGGUGUUGCUACGUGAGCUGCCAGGAGUGCACGCGGGUCUACGACGUCCACACCUGCAAGUAAGCACAGGUGGGUCUGCACUGGUGGAGGCUGCUCCAGAGCAGGGCCCAGGGGUCCGUCAGCCCCACGGUCAGCCCCACACGUGGCCUCACACUGCAGAGGAUGGCACAAAACUCCUGGUGGCCCUGGCCAGGGCACACACCCAGGGCACGGAGAAGGCUCUGGGCACCUCACCCAGGCGAGGUGCGACUGCUGAUCCCUCGGGCAGGACAGGCUGUCUGGGGAGGGCAGGGACAGGACAGGGAGAGCAGGGACAGGACAGGCAGCAGAGACCAGGGUCAGCUGAGUCCCAGCAAGGCACAGCCUCACGAGGCAGAGCUGCUGCCACAGCAACCCCCGAGCUCCCAGCUCUGUCCUGCUCCACAGCCCCUGCAGGCACCAA